UCAAUGCUGUGUAGUUAAUAAAGAGGGGCUGCUGGCCUGCUUGCGUUAAUAGCAAAGAUCAAGUUGUAGUGGUUUUUCUUCUCAUUUUCUCUUCUAAGGGAAAACUGGGUUUUCAGAAAUUUUCUUCUCUCUGCAAAGUUUGAGAGAGAGGACAGAGUUGAAUAUAAACAUGUGCAACGGUUCCAAGAGGAAAGAUUGUGCUGUUGAUUUGGCCAUGGGGGAUUUUGCCUCUAGUUCUUCAGAGUUGCUCGAGUUCUCAGCAUCUGAUGAUCUUUCUGCCUUUAUGGUUGCUGUGGAAAGGGAGGGACAUGGUAUUGAUGAGUUGGCUGUGUGGUAUGGUCGAAGAAUUGGUUCAAAGGAGAUGGGGCUUGAGGAGAGGACACCUCUCAUGAUGGCUUCUAUGUUUGGCAGCAAAAGGGUUGUCAAUUACAUCCUGGAAAAAGGUGGGAUUGAUGUCAACAAAACUUGUGGUUCUGAUGGUGCUACUGCCCUCCAUUGCGCUGCUGCGGGUGGUUCUGCUGCUUCACUUGAGAUUGUCAGGCUUUUGAUUGAUGCUUCUGCUGAUGUAAAUUCUGUUGAUGCUAAUGGAAAGCGGCCUGUCGACUUGAUUGCUCCAUUUCAGAAUUCUUCCUUUAAUUUGAGGAGUAAGGCUCUGGAGGUGAUAUUGAAUGGCGGAAAUUAUACCGAAGGAGCCUCAGAAUCAGAUGAUCGACCCACUGAACGAGAAGAUGGGCGGGUGUCCCCACCUUUGCCCUCUAAAGAUGGAAUGGAGAAGAAAGAGUAUCCUGUUGAUCCCUCUCUUCCUGACAUAAAGAAUGGUAUAUACGGGACGGAUGAGUUUAGGAUGUAUACAUUUAAGAUCAAGCCUUGCUCGAGGGCCUACUCGCACGACUGGACUGAAUGUCCCUUUGUUCACCCUGGUGAAAAUGCUAGGCGGCGUGAUCCAAGAAAGUAUCAUUACAGCUGUGUUCCUUGCCCUGAUUUUCGCAAGGGUACAUGCCAGAGGGGAGACGCAUGUGAAUAUGCACAUGGAAUAUUUGAGUGCUGGCUUCACCCUGCCCAAUAUCGUACUCGUCUGUGCAAGGACGAGACUAAUUGUACAAGAAGGGUAUGUUUCUUUGCCCACAAACCUGAAGAGUUACGACCCCUGUAUGCUUCCACUGGUUCAGCAGUGCCUUCCCCUAGAUCAUUCUCUUCCAGCGCUUCGACGUUUGAUAUUGCAUCAAUCAGCCCACUCGCCCUUGGUUCUCCUUCUAUCAUGAUGCCUCCAACCUCAACACCGCCGAUGACUCCUUCUGGAGCCUCUUCCCCUAUUGGUGGAUCUAUGUGGCCAAACCAGCCCACCCUUGCACCUCCAACCCUGCAGUUGCCUGGCAGCAGGUUGAAAGCUGCCAUAAAUGCUAGAGAUAUUGAUUUAGAUGCUGAACUACUUGGUCUAGAUGGUAAUCGUCAGUGGCGCCAGCAGUUGUUGGAUGACUUGUCUAGCCUUUCUUCGCCAUCUAGCUGGAACCAUGGAUUAGGCACACCUGGAGCGUUUGCUGCUUCCUCUGUCGAGCAAAAUAGUGAUGGGAUUAGGCAUGGUGGCUUGAAACCCACUAAUCUUGAUGAUGUUUUUGGAAGUCUUGAUUCCACAAUUUUGUCUCAGUUGCAGGGGCUAUCCACAGAUGCUGGUUUAAAUCAGCUGCUUUCUCCAACGGCUCAUCAGAUGCGGCAAAAUAUGAAUCAGCAGCUUCGAUCAAGCUACCCUUCUAACCUCGCGUCAUCCUCAAUUAGGACAUCAUCUGCAUUUGGAAUGGAUCCAUCUGGGUCAACGGCUACAGUUCUGAAUCCGCGGUCUGCUGCGUUUGCAAAGCGGAGCCAGAGUUUCAUUGAUCGUAGUGCAGUAAACCGUCACUCUGGGAUUUCUUCACCCAUUUCUUCUGCAUCCAUGAUGCUGUCACCCUUUUCAGACUGGAGCUCCCCUGAUGGAAAAUUGGACUGGGGUAUCCAGAAAGAAGAGAUUAACAAGUUAAGGAAAUCUGCUUCUUUUGGGUUCAGGAAUAGUGGUGGCAAUUUUGUGUCAACUGCAGCCUCAAGGUCAACAGCUGCUAAUAAGCCGGACGCGUCUUGGGUUGAGUCUUCGGUGAAGGAUGGCCCUUCUGUAACGCCUGGGCAAGCUGAAUUCCACGGCAAGGAUCAUCAGCAAUACCUUUUAAACAGUGGAGGGUCUGAGAUGCAUCCAUCUUGGGUAGAUCAAUUAUACAUGGAGCAGGAGCACAUUUUGGCUUAAAACUAGUCUUGACAACCAUAUUCUUUGUCAGUUCGACCGUAAACAAAUUCUAUUGUCAUUUUUUGAUUGACAUUUUUGUUCACCAUAUAUAGGUGAAUGGAUUCAGAGGAAAGAAAUUGAGGAAAGAUAAAAGGGCAGAGAGAAGCAUUCUGCCUUUUCCAUAGAUUUUUGUCCAUUCGUUUGUUAUCGUUUAGAUUUCCUUCGAAUACUUAAAUUUUAUGUCAUAUCGUUCUCAAUCUUGUACUACCUUAAAGCAAAUUGAAGGGGACAAGUCCCCCCACUUUUUAUGCGUUUA